GUGAAAAUGGCUCAAGGAGUUUAAUACAUAUUUUUUAUUCCCAAGUUCUAAUAUUAUUUUAUCUUAGCAGUCUGAGUAUAAGACCAUUUAAGCCAUCUAAAUGGUACCUGACAACAAUUUCCAAAAAAAUUGAUUUAAGAGAGGCAAGCAUGCCAGAUUCACCAACAGACCCAGCAGCUCAUCCUCCUCAGGGACCUCCAGUGUCAUCACCAAAUGCAAAUCCUACUUCAGUUCCAGUUGUGGCUGAUGUAAGGUCUCUUAAUAAUUCCACUUCACCUGCUGUCAAUGGUGCACAUACCAGCCCCACAGGCCCUGUGUCUCCUAGCAGUAUAGGAAACAGUGUAACCCAGCUGCCUCCUGCCUGUGGUGCUCGACAACUUAGCAAGUUGAAGCGAUUCCUGACAACUCUGCAACAGUUUGGUUCGGAUAUCUCUCCUGAAAUUGGAGAAAGAGUGCGAGGACUUGUUAUGAACCUUGUGAACUCAACAAUAUCCAUAGAAGAAUUUCAUGCACAGCUUCAAGAAGCUACAAAUUUUCCUCUCAGACCAUUUGUUAUACCAUUUCUAAAGGCAAACCUACCCCUGUUACAAAGAGAACUGUUACAGUGUGCUCAGAUGGCUAAGCAGACUCCACCACAAUAUCUCAGACAACAUGAAGAUAUUUUAAAUGAAAGAGAAACAACACCUCUGGAUCCAGAGGAACUAAAUCCAUUAGAAAUAAAUGAAAAUGGGAAACGAAAGGCUCCUUCAGAUAGUAUGAGACCUAAGGAAAAUGGAGCACCUCCUGAUCUGGCUAUGCAAAUGAUGGCAGAACUAGGGAAACCUAUCCCAAAGAGGCCCUUUUUGGGCAACAGCAGCAGUUUUAAUAAACCAAAUCAGUUAAGAAUGGAAGACAUCACAAUACCACAAGCAGGCAGUUCACGUGAUGGUGAUCCCACUUUGCCAGAUGCUCUGUUGGAUAGCAAACAUGAAGUAGUGGAUGACUGGAAACAUGUGGACACGAUGCUUCAGUGCAUAAUAGGAAUGGUUGACAAGACAAAACGAGCUGUAGCAGUGCUUCAACAACGAUGCACUCAGGACCGAGAAGAAUUAUUGGCCUGGGCACGAAAAACGGCCGAAGAAACAGAAGCGGAAGUUAAGAGGAGAGCAGGGGAACUAAUGGCUAAAACGCUAAAACAAACGGAGGAGCGCGUAGCAGAGGUCAAACGUCGGGCGGAAGAGGCCGUAAGUGACGUGAAGAGACAAGCUGUGGUGGAACUACAGAAAGCUGUCCGUGCUGCGGAAGAGAAAGCUAACGAGGCUGUGGCUAGUGCGCAUGGCAAAAUGGAGAAAGCCGUGCUAGAGGCGCGCCGACAGGCCACUGAAGACACCUUAGCCAUGUCAAAUCAUCAGAGUGAUUCAAGUGAGAGUUGUUGGAAUUGCGGGCGAAAGGCCACGGAGACAUGUAGUGGAUGCAAUGUGGCGAGGUACUGCGGCCCGUUCUGUCAGCACAAAGAUUGGGAGAACCAUCAUCACGUCUGUGGACAGCAAGCUCAGGCCGCCGGCGAAGACAAUCCCCAAGGAGGAGGUCCUCAGUCCGCGGGCUCUCCUAAGGAUACCAACACCACUAGUCCCGCUGUCACCAGAAUGACCACGCCCACUUCGUCAUCCGACCCCAUUUCAUCCCUCAGUGAUUAUGUUAUGAAAACCCCCUCUACGUAGGAUUAACUAGUACGCGUUAAAGUAAUAGUGGCUUCGUGUAUUGAGUCGCCAGAAUAGAAGACUGAAAUUUUCUCGAGGGAAGCCUUCCUCGUCAGUCUAGGGAACCUCCAAUGGUUGAGAAAUUGUGAUUUUGAUUUGCACAUAAUCUUUGUUGAUUCCCUCGUGACUGUGUUGCUUUGCGAUUAAAAGGUUUCGUAUGAAGCAGGUAGAAUAAGGCCAAGAAUUUAGGCAAUUUUAUCGCUUAGUAUUACGGGUAUGUGGAGCCAGGAGAUUCCAAGAAUAAGGAGACUGCCUUUAACACAAAUCAAAAUGAGGUGCUGCUGGUAUUUCACAAAACCAUCUGCUAGAGAGAGUGAAAGAAUCCUCUUCUUUCAUGGAAGGGGAGGG